GUUGUAUAGACACAACACCGCCCUCAAGUGGCUGGUGCAAAAUAUAACUCUUAUUUUCUGGUUGAGAAUUCAAACGCCUUUCGACAGGGACAAAUUAUGUCGCGGACGUAACGGUUUGAAUUGGCUGUUCAUUUCACAAGUUCUGGAUCAACUGCUAUAUGAUUCCCGUCGUGUUCUCAGCCAACAACGGGGAAAGAUGCCACAGAAAACACUGGGAUCCAUUGUUGGUCUGCUUUGCACCGGGACCUGGUUGGUACAGGGAAAGGAAUUCUGUUUUGGAGUGAACAAUGAGCAAUACCGGUGUGAGAUGGGCUACUGCUGCGGGGAGACAGAGUGCUGCACUUACUACUAUGAGCUGUGGUGGUUCUGGCUGGUGUGGACCCUCAUCAUAAUGCUGAGUUGCUGCUGUGCCUACCGUCACCGUCGGGUCAAGAUGCGGCUGCAGCAGGAGCAGCGCCAGCGCGAAAUCAGCCUUAUGGCCUAUCAGGGAGCUUCUAGUUCUUUCAUCUCCCCUCCUCCCCUCAACUUGAGGUUUUGGACAGACUGCAAGCUUCCUGACUAUGAAGAGGUGGUGGGUCCCCCGACUCCACCUCCGCCUUACUCUGAGAUCCCCCCAGAGACCACCCCUCCUAUCCUACUGCCCCCCAUCCAAUCAGAAGCUGCUGUGGUGCUGGAGCCCCCAACUGAGGACACUCCAAGAGAAGAGCAUGCCGCUAGUUCCUCAGCAGACCAGGAAUCCACAUCUGCUCCCAGCAAAUCAGAACGACCGGUGGAAGAGGAGCUGGUGACCCGGCGCAGGCAUGUGACUGGCGACUCAGGGAUCGAGGUGUGUGUGUGCCAACUGGACGAGAGCUCUGGGCCGGAAGAGGACGAGGAGCAGGUGUGUCAGGGGGCCAGGGGGGACUGCUGCUCUGCCUCUGAGCACCACCACAUCAGGCACAAAGAGAGAACCCCAGGGCCUCAGCCCAAAGGCCAGACCGCCAGCACCGGAGACCGCCUGAUCUGAGCUCCACCACCAACCACCCAGCGGCUGCUGCUGCUGCCGGAUCUGCGCUUUAGGGAGGGAGUGCCCUUGUCAUCAUAACAAUAACCCAGACACCACCAGCAAAUGAAAUGUCCCAAAACGACUCACCAAAUGAACCAGGUUGUCCUGCUCUUUGACAUGCUUGUCAGUUAUGAUCCAUAAAAUGACGCCAAUGAUGACAAAGUUUAUUUAAAAGAUGCUUAGUUUGGCUAACGGUUUAAUUCUUUAAUACCCAUGGAUGGUCCCUCAUCUGCUUUGUUUAGUUCUUGCAAUGGUGAUGAUGAAAAUGCCAACUUCUAGAGAUCUACCAAGUGGCAAGAAGAGGUGCUGAUGCUGGUACAGAAUUGACUACAUCUACCCACCCACUUGUCCCUCACUCUCCCACGCAACUGUUUAGCCUGGACAACUUUUCCUUUGGUCCUUCUAACAUUUCACCUCUGUGGGGACAGGGCAGGAUGGCAUACCACCAUGGUCAUCAAUCCCUAGGCCAAAACAUAAGAUCAUGCUACCAGACACAGUCCUGACCAGGGGAUACAAACUGUUACGGAUAGAACUUGUUUUGUUUUUGCAGGGGUUUGUGUGUGUGUGUGUGUACUGUGUAAUCUAGGACACAGCUGCAAAGUGAUGUCACCCCUGAGGUAAUCUUGGCCUGCAUCUGGUUUCCUUGUGGUGUGACAGCAGGGCUAUUUGCAUCCGGGGCGGCAGUGUAGCCUAGUGGUUAGAGCGUUGGACUAGUAACUGGAAGGUUGCGAGUUCAAACCCCCGAGCUGACAAGGUACAAAUCUGUCGUUCUGCCCCUGAACAGGCAGUUAACCCACUGUUCCCAGGCCGUCAUUGAAAAUAAGAAUUUGUUCUUAACUGACUUGCCUGGUUAAAUAAAGGUUAAAUAAAUCCAGAGAAAAGGCUGGGAAGUGAAGAUGUGCCUGUCUCUUAUAGCGUCUUUCUGAACUGUGUCCCAAUAACAUCAGACUCCACCCCUCCUACACCCAUCCCUCAUGUCUCCACCAGUACUCCGGUCAACACUUGGCCAGACUGAAAGGUAUUGAAUGGACUGGAACGGAUGUUUUGAUGUGUGAUUAUCUGGUCUGACUGGCCAAGUGAACUGAAGACGUGACAAUAUCCCAUCGCUGUGCCUGCAACUUGGUAUCUAUAAAAAGCAUUGUGGUGGUCGACCGUGUAUGUGUUUUCACAGACCGGCGGUGAAAUAACGUGGUGGGGUCAGCAGCAUUUUGAAGGACUGACAGUCUCACCGAGUGGUAAGGGGUAUGUUGUUGGGAAUAAAAGUACAAACCAGAGGGUGGGAAGACUGAAGUUUCAGCAGUGUAGUACUUUGUCCUGUAUCAUUUUCUUGUCUUUUUAUUACUUCUCUAAAAACCUGCUUUAGCUGAGGCCACUAUAACCCACAUCAAUGGCAAAGAAUCUCUUAUCCAAGGGAUGCUGUGAGUGUGGAGUAGUGUAGUCUUAUUUAGUGUAUCCUCAGUGUCCUGGCCCCUGGUGUAAGUUAGUGCACUCAACUCACCAGGCUUUAGACCACUUUUCUUUAAAAAAAAUGCACUGGGUUCUUGUUUAGAGGGCAUGAGUAAUUAAUUUGUGUGUCUGUGUAGGUAGAUGUGUGUUCUGAUUCGUCCUGUCAGCAACAGUGUGUUUUCGGGCCCGUGUUUCAUAUAGUCUACUACUCCCAGGCCAUUGGCCCCGAGCUGACAAUGAUGAAUCACUGCUGUUUUUACCCAGCAGCAGCCGGAGUCUGAUAGUGUCACUCCCUUUCCGCCACGAGUCCCCUGGCCGUGUGGGACUUGGACGGAGUGAUCCAAGGUUUAAGUAUAGACCCCAUGUAUCUAGUUUCAUCAUGUUAUGACUUUGCACUGGGCCUGCAAUGUGCUGUUGCAUACGCCCUUGGCUUGCAGUGGUGUGAACAUUGUAGAAGCAAUGUGACAGAUUUGUGUUGGUAUUUUCCAUUCAGUGGGAUGGGUUUGGCUUUGCUGUUAGUGCAGCUGCACACUGUUAUGAUAAACCAGUGAAGUGCGUUGCUUGCCCAGCAUGUGUCGAAGCACAGCCGUAGAAUCGGGAGUGUUUUAUUCUGCCGUUGCACCUAAAAAAUAAGCACAAAAGUCCAGCUGUCUUGGGUGUGUUUUAAAUGGCAGUGAAGAUAUGAUAGUUCUAUUAUUUAGGGUAUUGAUUUGCUUUCAUGCAGCACUUAUUGAUUAAGUAGGUUAUGGACUGAUGCACUGUUUAUUAUUUCACUGCUAAUGAAAAAGGACAGACAAAGACAUUCAUUUCAACUAUCAAUAAGUUGUCUGUCUUCAAGUGUUAAGACUUGACACUAUAAAAGUAACGCUGAGGAUAGUCAUGCACUCACAAAGACUCACCCGCUCACAUUAGGACACUAACAUGUUUUUGAUAAGACACCAUAAGUUGCCUUGGUAGGUUGCUAGGGAACAGACAUGAGGCUCAAGGUGCACCACAACAGAGGGGUAUCCUACGAAGCAGGUUUGAUGAGUUGGCGAGAUACCUUUGGUGAGUCCUGAGUUCAACUUGGGAUAACCAGUCAUACGAAAGUGGCUCACAUAGAAUCAGGAAUUAGAAUACUAUGGUGGCUCAACUUUGAGCCAGGUACAUUUCUAUGGCAACGAAUCCUUCAGCACUUACCUGCUCUGAGGUCGGCUAACUCCACUUAUCAUGAAUGAAAUGACUGGGCUGUGAGUUAAGGUCUAUGAAAUCAGAUUCCCUCCCACUUGCAAAGAUUGUGUCAUCACCCCCUUUAUUUGAGGGAUAUGAAUGAUUUUAAAUAUUAUCCAUGGUCGUAGUACAGAGGAAGCCUGUGCUGUAAUGUGAAGCUAACUGAAGUUGGUUAGCUUUAGAACACCCUGAGUAGAUCUAGCUUGCUUUGUAGGAUACCCCUCAGAAGGCAUAUGAACACUCAUUUUAUGUGCUCCUUCUGAGGCAUAAGUAGUUAGGGACAGGUUGACUAAAUGUGUUUUGGCGUCUGUGUUUGAAGAGUAGGCGAUUUAUAUUCCAGUCUUGUGCUUUGGAAGAAACCUAAAAUGUUUUAGCCCCCCUCCCCCAUGUUUGAAGCAUGGUGUGCAUAGUUUCUUCUAGUAGUCCAGAGGAGUCCUUUUUAUACAGAUGGAGUCCGAAGUGUAAAAUUAUCUCAGUCUGAUGUAUCGAUUGGCUCAACUUAUUCUAGACUGUGGUUAUGAGUUGCAGGAAAUGUAUCCGAGUGAAACCACAAGACGAGAUCAUAUGUUGUAAAAGCUGGCAUGUAGAAUAGGUAACAUUUGUUUAGUCAGAACUCUUGUGUAUCUGCUUCUCCCUGGUUCUGUGGUUAUUUGAUCACUUUUUUUCUCCUUCCCCACCCCCAUUUUUCUUUAGUUAUUAUUGUAUUUUUAUUUCAAGGAUAUGAUCUAGAUAAGUUUGAUAUUUGAACUGACCUGAAAGGAUGUUGAAUUAGUACCAAACAAAAUGAUGUUAAGAAAUCCUUUGUUUUAGUUUUUCUUGUACUCAUCUGAGUUGUUUGUUUUUUGAAUGGUUGGGGGGGAAUGACAAAUGUAGAUGCUAAAGUGCAUUUAUUUUUAUGCAAUAUAGAUAAAUUAAGAUUAUGACGUUGAGGGUGUUUCAUGUUUCUGAAAAAGAAAAUGGGGACCCAUAGUUUCAGUCCCAUUGCUCACUACUUACUGGGCAAACUCUUGUUUGGCUUUCACAUGUUUACCUAGAUAAAGGGCUAUCAGUCAGUCAUGGACAAACACCCAUCCAUUUCAUUCAUCUGCUCUGUAAUUUUCCUCUUACCUACAGUUGCAGACACCGGCGAUAUGUGAACGUAAUUCUUUGGACUUUUGUAGUAUUCGUGUGAAUAAUGGCCGAUUUGUAUAUUUUCAAGCAUCUUUGGCCUUUUUGUUCUCUGUUCGCUUUUGUUUCAAUGUUCACAGAGGCGCGUGAAGCUCUUAUCCCUCGCUCGGUCUCUUCUAUCUCUCAAACCCCACCCAGUCCCCUAUGGCCUCUCACCAUAUACCAGCACAGAGGGCACAAGCUAGGAUCAGUGUCAGGUUGGGUAUGUGGCCACUGAUGAGGUAACUAGCCCCAGGUGUGAUUAGUGAUGGGGGCUUUAGCCAUGGCUCAUUGCAUCCCUCUAGACCAUGAGACACCCCCCCCCCCUCCUCCGGGGGCCCGACCAUACCGAGCAUGGUAACAGAAACUGUGGCAACCCACACCAAUGUUUGUCUUUGUGAGAUGGGGUUUUGCCUCUGCAUAUAUCAUCCUUAAGAUCAUGCAGACACAAUUAUCUUUUGAGAUUGUUUGCCUGUAUCUAAAUUAUCACUGUACUCAACCCACACGUUGUCUCAUACACGCGAUCCUAUUGUCAUGAAUAGAAAACAUUCUUUUUUUUAAUGGGCAUCAGUAUUUGGCAUCUUUCAGAAUCUACCAUUAGCACCAGUGCCAUCAGUUGUCUGUUUCAUUUACCUUGCUCACUACACCAAAGGCCUCCUUUCACCCUAAAUUGUUCCUCUUUUCUGCUCCACGCUCCUCUGUAAUGUACUGUAACUGACUAGCCUAUGCAAAAAAAACAAACCCAUUGAUAUGCUGCAAUAACUCUUCUGUGUGGUUGCCAGUACAUGCAAUAUUACUCUCAGUACAUGUCGCAAGUGUACCUCAGUUGAUUUUUUUGUUUUUAUUGCUACUAUGGUGUGUUUUGUGUGUAUGCUUUGAAAGUAAAUGUGUAUAUCUACAUGUUACCUCUUGGUGGGUUGGGGAGUAAAGAUAAAGCCAUUCUAGUUAAUUUUGUCUUUUGUUUCUGUUAGUCUUUAGUGACAUGGAUAGAAGUACAGUCUGCUGUCAUUCUGAUCUGCUAAGAAUAUUACUCCUGCUUAUUAUGAAGAAAAAAUACAUCUGUUUAACUUGUGUAAACUAAAGGAGUGUUUUGAAUUAUAUUUAGUUGUAUUAAUACUAUUUAAUCUCUCCUCAGAAUAAUAUUAUUCUGUUGGUCCUGUGGGUACCUUUGCCAUUGUUCCACCCCUUGUGUGUUGCGCUGUCAUGGUGUAUUUGUAAACAGUGAGAUGGCUUGUUUUUAUUGUAUUUGAGACAUUUUCAGUGACUACUUAAUGGUUGCCUUCUCUCCUUGAUUGCCCAACCUUUUCAUAUAGAAGAUAGUGAAUGUGACCUUUUAUCAAGUAUGGAAGCAAAUCUAAUCCCAGUGCUAGAUAACCGAGUGGAGAAAAUGAUCAGGUCUCUUAAAUGGGUUGUUUAGGGUACACCUCCGCUAGCCCAGGAGUUUGUUUUAGAUGAUCUCUCACUAAGGGGUGGGUUGCACUUGUAAUCAUACAUCACCAAGGCAACAAUGUACUCACAACAUAAUCUAAGGAGGCUCUGUUUAACCAACAUGAAACCCAGAUGUUUCUUUCAUUUCUCCCUCAACCAUAGAUAAUGUCAGGCGGAUGUCGAUGUUGUGGCUGAUGCAUAUGUAGAAAGACUUUGCAAAAACAAACACCCACGCUAGAGAAGGAACCGGUCGACCAUAAUCACAGACCCUUUCGUGUUCUUUUUUCCUUUUCCUAUCUCGAUCAAAAAAAGUGUAGGGAAAAAAAACACUAAAAUUUGUGGUACAUUUGAAUGCUUUGGUUUAGUUGGGGGUCUGCUGUGUACUGUUGGGUAAUUUGGAUUUUAUUUUUGUAUAAUAAAACAAACAUUGGCACUGUU